AUGACGACCAUGUUGAAGUUCUGUUGGCUCGUUGUUUGCUCCGUAGUGAGCGUGCGCUCCACUAAUCCACCUCAUAUCGUGCUGAUUGUUGCUGAUGAUCUGGGUUGGAAUGACGUCAGCUGGAACAACAUCGACAUUAAGACCCCAAACCUGCAGGAUCUGGCCAACAACGGCGUCAUUCUCAACUCAUCCUACGUCAUGCCCGUGUGCUCUCCAACACGGGGUGCCCUUCUCACUGGCUACUACCCGUAUCACCUGGGACUACAGCACGGGAUCAUCCAGGGUAACACCCCAUCAUUUUUGACAACAAAAAAGAGUACCCUGUCAGAGAAACUCCAAGAUAACGGCUACACCACGCACAUGGUCGGCAAGUGGCACUUGGGUAUGUGUAACUGGACCUACACCCCCACGUAUCGAGGGUUUGACUCUUUCGGUGGGAUUCUCGGUGGUGCAGCUGGACAUUACGACCAUAUGAGUGGUAACGGCUAUGACUUCUACAUCAAUAGAGAGGUCAACCACACUUACGAUGGCAACCAUUCUACGGAGGCGUAUACUGACCUCGCCAUAAAUGCCAUCAAAGGCCAGGACCCCAACACGCCAAUGUUCCUGUACCUCCCCUACCAGGCCCCUCAUACGCCCCUCGAGACGGAUUCUCAAUAUGAGAAUGAAUACAGUAACGUCGUCAACGACGCACGUCGUAUUUACAGCGGUAUGGUGACACAGAUGGACAAUUCCGUUGGGCGGAUAAGGGCAGUCCUCGAGGAAAGGGGAUUUAUGGACAAUCUAGUGCUGGUGUUUAUUUCAGACAAUGGAGGGGACGUUAACAACGGCGGCAACAACUACCCCCUCAGGGGGGCCAAGACUACGUACUGGGAAGGAGGGGUGAGGACACCAGCGUUCGUCUACAGUAAGACACACCUUGACGUCACAGGAUACACCCAGUCAGGGAUGCUGCACGCUGUAGACUGGUACCCAACGCUCUUGGAGGUGGCGGGGGUGACACAAAACGACAACAUCGACGGCGUGAGUCAGUGGGGUAUGAUCAAGAGCCAAAAUGUGUCAGCCCGGACAGAGUUUGUCUACAACAUUGACGAGGUCGAAGGCACUUCAGCCAUCAGGGUCGGGCGCUACAAACUGACCGAAGGGAAUCCUGGUAGCAGAAACGACAUCUUCGACGUCCCCCUCACCAACAGACGCCGGCGAGCCACCAAGAGAGGAAGGACAAGAACGACAGUCAAAUAUCGUCUCUAUGACAUCGACGCUGAUCCGUCUGAAAACAAAGACUUGUCGAGGAGAAUGUCUGAUGUGGUGGACCAACUGAAGGCCAAACUUGAUGUCUUCAAGAGCUCAUUCACCCCUGCCUUCCUCCCAGCAGCUGACCCUAACGGUAAACCGAGGCACUGGGGAGGAGUCUGGAGUCCAGGCUGGUGCGCUGGAGAUCGGUAAUCACCCAGCAGUGACCACUACACAGGAGCCGAUAAACAUUCCUACUGAAUAAAUGAUGUAUACACUAAACAACUCUGUUAUACCAACAUGGAAAUGAAAUAACGUUUGCUGCCAGUGUACGUGAAACCGGUGAAUCCUCGAAAGCCAUAAUAAAGCUAUACAUUCCUGUCAAAAUAUACUUUUCUUUAAAUUCUUUUUAGACAAGAGUGUGUUGAUCAAGUGUUGAAUAAACUAUAACAAUCUUUUCA